AUGCCAUCCAGCACGACAGACGCGGCCGAUAAACUCGGCGCGAAUAAAGGCACAAAUGCUAUUCCCAACGAGAACCCAUCGAUCCUCUCGUCUGCCGGCGCGAUAGGCAAGCAGUUCAACCCCGACGGGGCGCUUGGGCAGAUUCCCCAGGCUGUUGGUGGACCGUUCAGCAAGGAUGGGAUUAUCGGGAGCCAGUUCAAUGCGGGCAAAGAUGGGAUUGCGGGACAUGUUGAGAGGGCAGUUGAUGGGCCGAGUAACCCUGCUGGGAGUGGGACUAAGUAAGGCGGAGUAGGGGGUGUGAGU